CACAUCUAUGUGGGGGAGUUCCCCAGGUCACAUGUUGUGGUUGAUUAUGCAUCAAUUUGCACGGUGUACAAGACUGCAGCAACAACCUCCCAGCAAGAAAGGCCAACCAUGCAAUCUGUGGCUUUUGCUCUGCUUUAUGUCCUUCCAUGUCUGCUAGUCAGUGGUCAACUGAUGCAGAUAUGUGACCCAGUUGAUUUUCCAAAUUCUGGUCCUCCACUACCGGACAUCCCUAACCAGUUUGCUGCCACAAUUGAAGGUAACCUUCUUCAGAGAUCUCAGUCCCGUGUUAUCACCGAGUACUACGAUCAAGUUGGAGAUAGAGGGAAAAUUGAGACCGAUUUCAAUGGUACAAAAACGACAGGAAUUUACGAUUACACUCUUGGAGAAGUUUUCAUUAUGCCUGACCGUGACGGAAGUGAUUGCAGAGUGUACGAAACUACUCCUAAUUCUCCGUCUUUCUUGUCCCGGAUUUUUGGUUUCAACGAAAUGAAUGGCACUGUCCACAUUGGGUCACCCGCUGCUUUCCUCGAAAGAAUCCGUGAAAAUAGCUCUACCAUAUAUCAAGGAUCUGAUGUGAUUCGUGGUAUUCCUGUGUACCGUUGGCAGUCUUGUGUGGCUCUUCCCAACAACUCUUAUCUUGUCAAUUACUACUUUGCUUCUCAGUCCAACUGGACCUAUGGUGGCCAACUAGACAUGUCCGUUAUGAUCCCUGUUGAGUUUAACUUGAAUGCAAGUUUUUCCACUCCGCGUGGAGUCGAUAAUGCCUACAAUGUCUACAGUUUUAUAAACUUCCAAUCUGGGCCUGAAUCAGUUCCAGAUGACGUAUUCAAAGUGCCUUCUGGAUUGGCCUGUAAAGGUCGUUUGCCUGGACAGUCUUUGCCUACUCUUUCAGACUCCUUUUUUGCAAGAAUAGAAGUUGUAACGGAAUAUAUGGGCAGUCCUGUUGUUGCUACUAUAGAGGAAUACUAUGAUUACCAACGUAACCUGUCCCGACUUGAUUUCUAUAACCGAGAUGGUCCAACUACCUUUGUGCACGAUUUCAACCAAGGAGUGCAGUUCCAAAUCACCCAAAACACUAACAAAUGUACUGCAUCUCCUCUUUCUAAUAUUACUGGUGGAUUGCGUUUCGACUUUGAUAUCAACUCAGACACACCCCACAUUGCUUCACCCAAUCAGUUGAAUCUCCUUGACAACUUGUACAACUAUUCCUAUGAGGGUGUGUCCACCGUUAGAGGGAUUGUUGUUGAUUCAUGGGUAUCUGUACGAGACUUUGAAGAGUUUCCCAAUGGCGUGAAUGUCACUAAUGCUGUGUUCGAAAUAUUUUUCACACGCCCAAAAACUAUUGUUGUAAAUGGCCACUCCGUAUCUACCCUGCCAGUUGUCGUCAGGGCAAAGAUCAGUGGCAACUUCACCACCUACUACAACGGCUCCGUCCUAAGUAAAUGGAGAUCACUGCCGUACGAUUUCUUUGAUGUUUCCACUCAGCGUCCUCCCUAUGAUGCUUAUGAUGUUUCGUCCUGUUAUGAUGAUGAUAAUGUUAUAUCUGUCGUGCUAAUAAUUCCUGGAUCUCUUACUGGCUUUAACUUGGCAGAUUUCAGGGAGAAUAUUCGUGAAAGCAUCAGCAAUUAUACUGGAGUGUCCCCUCUCCAGAUCGCAAGCGUCAGUGUAAUUAGAUCCAAUGGUAGUGCCAUCUUUGUUCAUGUGCACAUUGCAAACCUGACCACUAUUGCCACAACCCCUCAAGAGGAGAGAAUCAAUUCAGAUAUGGCACUGCAACUACUUAUCAAGGGUACCAGCAACUCCUCACGUCCAUUCACCAUCACUAUCCCUCCCAACAUCACUGUGGCCCCUUCGAUCCACAUUAGUGGUCAGGGCCGAGCCGUGCCAAGCAACUGUGACAUGCCCACUCAAGCCCCCAACACUGCUAUUCCUGCCACUUGUCCUCCUCCCAACAACAUUCAGGAUCAGCUCCUCCUCAAGGACAGAGAGAUCAUUGGCGUUGGAAUUGGUCUGUUGUUUGGAGGCAUGAUCAUUGGUUUCCUGCUGACCUUGCUUGUUAUCUGCAUAUGCCGCUGUGUGUGUGGUGUGGGGCGUGGUUCGUAUAAAGUAGGCAGGAAUGUCCAGUAUCAGAAGCAUAACGAUGAUGUCGCCUUUCCCACAUAAAAUAGCACAGUUAUUAUAGUAUAUUAUUGUAUUAAUAAAGUGCCACAACUUUACAGCUGAUUUUUUGUUAUAGCAAUAGCUUGUAGUGUUUAAAUGUGUGAUUGUGUUUCUUUAGCAUAUUUCGUGACAAUUUACAUGAAGUAUAAUUAUAUUAAAAUAGUAAUUGAA